UCCUUAAAGGUCCUGGAGGGACAACCACAGGCAUCUAAUUAGCUGUGAUAUCUCAGAGUCACAGUUCUUAAAGACUUUUCUGCUGGGAAAAAAAAAGACUUUGAAAAGUUACCCACCACAAUGACGGACAGAAGCCCCUUCGAAACUGACAUGCUCACCCUGACCCGCUACGUGAUGGAAAAGGGACGCCAGGCCAAAGGGACCGGGGAGCUCACGCAGCUGCUGAAUUCCAUGCUGACCGCCAUCAAAGCCAUCUCCUCGGCAGUGCGAAAGGCCGGUCUAGCCAACCUUUAUGGAAUUGCGGGCAGCGUGAACGUGACAGGGGAUGAGGUGAAGAAACUGGAUGUAUUGUCUAAUUCCUUGGUAAUCAACAUGCUUCAGUCCUCCUACAGCACCUGCGUCCUGGUCUCAGAAGAGAAUAAGGAGGCGAUUAUCACUGACAAGGAGAAGCGGGGCAAAUAUGUGGUCUGCUUUGAUCCACUGGAUGGAUCUUCCAACAUUGACUGUCUGGCUUCCAUCGGAACCAUAUUUGCCAUCUACAGAAAGACUUCAGAGGAUGAGCCUUCUGAAAAGGAUGCCUUGCAGACUGGUCGCAGCAUCGUGGCUGCUGGCUAUGCUCUCUAUGGAAGUGCGACCCUGGUGGCUCUCUCCACCGGGCAAGGUGUGGACCUCUUCAUGCUUGACCCAGCUCUUGGUGAAUUUGUCCUGGUGGAAAAGGAUGUGAAGAUUAAAAAGAAAGGAAAGAUUUACAGUCUCAAUGAGGGCUAUGCCAAGUAUUUUGAUGCCGCCACUACAGAAUAUGUGCAGAGAAAGAAAUUUCCUGAGGAUGGUAGCGCUCCCUACGGAGCUAGGUAUGUGGGCUCCAUGGUGGCUGAUGUACACCGCACUCUUGUCUAUGGAGGAAUCUUCCUGUACCCAGCAAACCAGAAAAAUCCUAAGGGCAAGCUCCGGCUCCUGUAUGAGUGCAAUCCUGUGGCCUACAUCAUUGAGCAGGCAGGUGGUUUGGCCACCACAGGCACACAGCCUGUACUGGAUGUGAAGCCUGAGGCCAUUCACCAACGAGUUCCCCUCAUUCUGGGGUCCCCGGAUGAUGUGCAGGAGUACCUCACCUGUGUACAGAAAAGUCAGGCAGGCAGGUAGUGAGUUUGAUUUUGCAAUCCCUCUAUAUCUUCUGCCUUGUAUUGAAGAGUCAGAAUGAGUGGUGUGUGGAAACGGCGGUGAUGAAUAAUAAAAGGCAAAUCCACCAGAUCACAUCCCCAAGAGCUUAUUACAGGUCUAGAAGACAGAGACUAUUCUGUGGAUGUUGUAAAGGUCUAAAAAUAAAAAAGACAUCUAGGCAAAGAACAA